CUAUGUGAACAAUGAGAGUUCUUCACCUUUGUAUAGGGGGAAGGGGGAAAACAGCAUUUACUGAGCGCUUUCUGUGUGCAGAUGCUCUUGCACGGACAUCUCAUUUAUUCUUCUCAGCAGCCUUGUGAAGGAGGUAGCAAUGUGCCCAUUCAACAGAGAAAAGACUUAAGGCCCCGGGGCAGCACAGUUAGGAAAUGCAGAGCUAAGAGCUCACACCCAAGUCAACAUGUCUGACUUCAAAGGCUGCCCCUUGCAAAGACUCUAUACUGUCAGAAUACGUGGAGAAAAGCCAAAGUGGGCAUGAGAGGACCAACUUGGGACCAUAUAGAAUUAGUGAGAAAGGACUAGUAUCCCCAUUUUACAGAUGAGGAAACUGAGCCACAGAGGGGUAGGCAUCUUGCCCUGUGUCACACAGCAAAUAAGUAACAGCGCCCGACUUUGCACCCAUCUGUUAUUCUGUGGAUGCUCUUUGCCCAGCUGCACUGCCUGGAGAGCAUUUUUACCUAGGUAGCCUCAGACCAGCUCAAUAGCAGUCUGGAUGUGAUGGUAGUGCUGAGGGAAGAGGUGAGGAGGCAGUGAGGAGAGGGGUGAGGAAAGAGGAAGGCAACCUUUAUGAUACUCAUUGUACAGAAAAGGAAACUGUGGCAAUUUUUUUUACACUAUUUCUUUUCUUACACUAUUUUUUUACACUACAACAUGCUGCCUGUUUAUAAAAAUAACAUGAUUUCUACAGCCCUUUAUGAUGCCAAAGGAGACAAGACUCGGAAAUGUGAAAUUGAUUUGCCUAAAAUUACAAGGUGAAGUCAAAAUUUGCACCAAGUCUCUGAAUCCAGAACCCAUGCUAUUCAGCAACGUAUGAGUACAAGGCUAGCUGCCUCAGAAUCAUUUUGGAGAGCUUGUUAGAAAUGCAUAUUCCUGGGCCCUACCUCUGAGGGAUUUUGAUGUACUAGGACUAGGAGUGAGGAGUGAGAUUUGUAUUUUUUUUUUUUUUACGCAAAUACUUUGGAACAGAGAUUUGUAUUUUUAACCAGCGCUAUAGUUGAUUCGGAGGUGAGAGAGGUUUGUGAACCACUGUUCCUGACACCACCAAGUCACGCUGACAGUUGUAAGUAAAUGGGCCUGCCAUUAAUGUAUCUGUCCACAGCACAUCUGUCAUGAAAUGUAACUCCAGAGCAGAGGUUCCUAUGUGGGGUCCUUCCUGAAAUUGUAAGCAAAGAAUUUGGCCUCUGUAUGUUUUCGAGUCUGAGGCUUUGGAUUAUAGAUGUUCAAAUGAAGUCUGUCAUAACAUCUUCCUCCUUUAUCUUUUUUGUUUGAGGAAGAAGUGUGAGAAAUGAAACACAAUUUACCCUAACCCCCAAACCACAGCUCUCUGCCGCAGAUAUAGCUCUUUCAUUUCCUGGCUCAAGGGUAGGUUGCUAGGUUGCCCUUCUGUGAGCUCUUCAGGGGACUUCUCCUUUGCUGGAUUUGGCAUCACUGGCCCCAGAGAAGGAGAAACUCCAUGGAAACGGCAUGCAGAGCUGUCCAGAGUGAAUGGGCCAUGAAGCCAGUGGCUGGAAAACCUGCUCCAUUUCCCCUGACUUAGAGAGCAGAUAAGGAUACCAAGGCUCAGAGAGCCGAAGAGACUUGGCUGAAGUCAUAAAGUUUCUUACAUCUGCAUCCAGUUGUCUUCAGCAUGGGGGAGCAGAGCCACUCUUCUGGAAAGGAGAUUCAGCACAGGACGCGAGCAGAGGCUCCAGGAAAGAAAGGCUGGCACCCCCAGGCCUAUGCCCUUGGGGCCAUUUCCAACUUCAUGUCUACUUUUCUGACUUUUCCCAUCUAUAAGGUAGUGUUCCGGCAACAGAUCCAUGCUGUGGGGAUGUCGGAGGCUGUGAGACAGCUUUGGCAUGAAGGUCCUCAGUACUUCUACCGGGGCAUCUACCCUCCUCUUCUCUCCAAGACAUUGCAAGGGACUCUACUGUUUGGGACUUAUGAUAGCCUGUUGUGCUCUCUCUCCCCUGUUGGGCCACACUCCCUGGGACACCGCUGGGCUGCAGGGCUCAUGUCUGGUGUGGUGGAGGCUGUGGCACUCAGCCCCUUUGAAAGGGUGCAAAAUGUGCUCCAGGAUGGUCGCAAGCAAGCUCGCUUCCCCAGCACCUUCAGCAUUCUCAAGGAAUUCAACUCUUACGGGCUUUGGGGGAGGCUGUCACUGGGCUACUAUCGUGGUUUCUGGCCUGUCCUUGCCAGGAACAGCCUGGGGAGUGCUUUAUAUUUUUCUUUCAAAGACCCCAUCCAGGAGGGCUUGGCAGAGCAAGGCCUGCCCCAUUGGGUUCCUGCCUUGGUGUCUGGUAGUGUCAAUGGAACAAUCACCUGCCUAGUUCUGUAUCCUCUGAUUGUGCUGGUUGCCAAUAUGCAGUCCCAUAUUGGCUGGCAGAGCAUGCCAAGCCUGUGGGCCUCUGCCCGGAAUGUGUGGGACACUCGAGGCCGAAAGUUGCUCCUAAUCUACCGUGGAGGCUCCCUGGUCAUCCUAAGGUCCAGCGUGACAUGGGGCCUCACUACGGCAAUCCAUGACUUCCUGCAGAGAAAGUCUCACUCCAGGAAAGAGCUGAAGAUUGACUAGCUGCAGGAAGUAUGGCCAAGGCAUCUUUGUCGUUCUAAACCUUCCCUGGUUCUAUAUAGCUUACUUCUUUGGCUUGGCUACCUAAUACAGCCAUUCUUUAGCAUCUGUAACCUCAUUGCAUGGGAGAAGUUCCCAACUACCAGCCUGCUGGGCACAGACAGAGCCCAACAGGAUUCUUUAGUCGGAAAGAAAAAGCCACACCAGUCUCUCCACAGCUUCAGUAGCUUCAGAACUAAGAGGCCUUUAAAUAACUUGUAACCCAGAUUGUCAUUCCUUUAAGGAAUUCCUUGACAAUAAGAAGAAACAAAAAGAUGACCUUACUCGGGCACUGUGAGUUUUAGGACCCCUCCAGGUGUCCUCCAGACCAAUCUGAGUGGUACUCCAAUUUCAAAGACCUAUGUUUGACGCUUAAGAUGGGGAGUCGAUAACAUUUCUCAGAUGGCUACAUCAUCAUGACAUUGUUCACUGCCUCUCUGCCCACCACUCUCACUUCUCAGGACUGUAGGUCUUAGUUUCAGGGUAACAGCUGUGGCUGGAAAUCCUAACUUAGGCUUGCCUCAACUUACCAGGUGGAGAUGGAAGUGAGAAGAAGUGUGGUCCCUGGAUGAAGAGAAUAAAGACUUUGAUGGAAGAGAUUUAAUUACAUGCAAAAUAGAAACAUUUACUAUAGGUUGCUUGUUGUUAUCUAUUGGGACAUUUUUGAUAGCAAGGUGAUAAGAUUGCCUGGAAACCACUUGAGUUUCCCUAAGAAAUCUGGAAAUGAAGUGACCAUAUCUCUUCACAAAUAAUUGCAUAUUUUAUUGAUGUAGAUAAAUAUAGUUACUGUGAUAUGAAGAUAAGAAAUCUUAGCCUGUCAUUCAAAAUACGGUCCUUAUAUAACUGUCAAUAUACCAUGCACACUUACAUAGAGCCCGUACACCAGCCUAAAUGAACUAUUCGUUCUCUCCCCAAACAUGCCAUGAACUUUCCCAUGGCCAUUCUUAGGCCCACACUAUUCUCUCCACCGGCAGUGUUCCUUCUUUCUCCACGUGCCAGUUUGCCAGAAUCCUUCCAUUUCCUCAAAUCCCAGCUCAGAUGCCACCUUUUCUAUGGAGCCUCUUCUGAUUUCCCUAGCUGAAUGUGACAUUCGUCUCUUGUGAUAACCCCUUUUCAAUGGCAUGGGACUGUCUCCAUUAUGUCACUGAUCUCAUGUGGCCCUGUGUUCUUGUGUUCUUAAUACCUCCUACUAGACUGUAAAACUUCUUGAAAGCAGGGAUUCUUGUAUGCAUUUUUAAAUCCUCCAUUGUGCCUAGGUGCUCAAUAAUGUUGGCUGAAUUACUGAAUUGAUUAUCAAGCUGUGAUAUGGUCUAUAUCCUCAGGGUGCUGUCCCUUAUACGUGAAGAUAAUAUUAUUGACUCACUUUAAGCAAGACACAUGCCUUUGGCGUGUGCUUUUGUUUUCUUUUAAUAGUUGAUUUAGUUUUGUGCUAAUAAUGAUAAUGAUGCUGCUGAUU